AUGGAUCGACUAUCAAAAAUUCAAUGCGGUACUCAACAAGUGAACAUUAGCAAUGAAUUAAUUAAUAUCCUGAUGGCUUCAUCUGACGAUAUCAUGUAUCCUAGUCAAUUCAUUGCCAUUAGCAAAGAACGUUGGCAACAGAAUGAUCAACAAUUUGGGCCAGAUCUUAUAACUCCAAUCAUUUCUCUGUUCGAGUUAUUGGCACAUUUGAAAGGCAGAGACAUGUCAGCUAUGCAAAAAUUUUUACGCAGUUAUUCUGCUAUUUUGUGCUGGAGACAUGAAGUAUUAAAAGUGAAUACAAAAUCGAUGGAAAAAGCAAAGUACAACGACAGUGAUACAAUAAUGGAGGCUACGCUAGAAGAAAAUCGACGUUGUGUUCGAAGUGAAGAAAAUAUGAUAGCAUUGCUUGCUGAUGAAUUAUGCCUGGAAACUAGUCAUAUCUUUAAACGAAUGUGUAUAUCAGAAUUGAAAGUGAAAUUUUCUAUACUAAGAUCUACAAAGCACUUAUACAAAUUAAACAAAAAUCAUUCUAUGGCCAUGACCGAACAUUACGACAAUACAUUCAAGCCACUGUCUUAUUAUUAUUGGCAGGAAGAUGUUGAUAAUACCUGGAAUUCACUGGAUGAUGAUAAGACAUUGGAAAAUCAUCAAUUUGAGAAUGACAAUCUGCAAUCGAUAUUUAAUGGUAGUUUAUGCAAUAGUGAUCAGAAUAUUUCAUGUAGCCUAAUUGGCAAUGCACCAUGCAAUAAAAGCUCAGUAGAAAUAGAUUCUAUAAUCACACAGCAGAGUAAAAAUUGUAGACAUGACGAUGAUUACCAAAUUUCUCCCGCUGCAGAAUAUGAUUUCAAUAAUUUAUGUCAAACAAUGCAAGGACAUAAUAUCGCUAUAUCGUCAUUUUACAAAGAAAUUGCAAAUAAGGAUAAAACUCUCAUCGACAGCAAGAUCCAACAGGCUCAACCACUAUCUACUGAUCAAAUCGAUCGAAAAGUUGACGUCAAAGACGAUGAAACUUCGACAGCGCAGAAAGAUGAUUGCGAUGUUCAAGCAAAUGUAGGUGCAAUAAUAAUUUAG